CUGAUCCAGAUCGCCCAAAAUGCUUUGAACUCCCCGGCGUGCCCUGGGCUCGGUCCUUUGGCAAAACAAGUGUCAACGGCUGUAAUGGGGGACACUUUUGAAAGAUGCACGUGACUUGAUCUCACGAAGAACUCGGUCGGAUGUAGCGGACGUUGGGGCUGUUGUUGAGGCCGUUCUGCCCAUCGGUAAAGCCUUUCGUGGCAAUUUGCCUCUCCAAAGUGCCGGUCCUCCCUCUCUCAGCGGUCAAGCUUUACCUCCCACAGGCGGGGGCUUCCACAUGGGCGUAGUUCAGGCAGAGAUGGAAACACACCGCAGAUACAUGCGAGACGCCUUUGCAAAAGGCACAGCAUCUCUCCUUCCCUUUCUCACGUGUAAACUGAAGCUUUCCAAUCCACCACUUCUCUGUGAAUCCCUGUAUGUCCUCACCCUCUCUCGGGCGACCUUCCGCGUGCCGCUGGGCUCCGUUCUCUGUUUUAUAGGGCUUUUGGUGAUUCCUUUGCUGGUUGGUUUGCUGGUGAUUCUGGGUAUCGAUUUCGGCACACAACAUGGCUGUACGGGCUCUAUCAAGAUAGUCAAGGAGGCCAGUGGUGAGACGUUGAUUCUUAGCCACUUCCGCGAUGAAAAAGUCGGUCGAAGUAAUGGAGAAGAAGGUCCCCGACGGUUGAUUAACAUCGAGACUGUCGGAUCUGAGGGUGUUGAAUAAAAAUACUAAGGCUUAGGCCUUGCAAUUCAUAAAGGCGAGGCCAUCUUGUUAAGAGGA